ACGCUUCGGUCGUCUCCGUCACAAAGUGUCGAUGUUCAAGUCGUUGGUCCUAUAAACAUCAACUUGGAAGCUACAGAGUAGCUACAACAGGCUCCAUUACGAAACCCACCUUCUCGCCUCUCGACUGCGUAUCCGGUUAGCAGUUUAUAGCUGUACCAUCCUCUACAUUCCUUACGACAACACGCUCUUUUCUUCUCGGCUUCGCCCGGGCGAAUCGUCAAACGACCGGUUCCCUACGUUUCAUAUUGUCACACGACCCUCACUACUCGGCGCCUGCAUCUACUUCUCCUUGUCUCUCUACUCUAUACGAUCCUAUCAGCAAAUGCAAUCCAAACAUGGCUUCCAGCUGGACCGAUCCGUUCCAGUCAGGGUACAACCCCGAGCCUAAAAGGUCGCAUCUGAACGAAUUGGUAAUCCAGUCGGAUCCCAACGAUAUCGAACGGGAAUUUGCCACACCGGUUAGCGAUCCCGACGUCGAGAUUCCACCGUUUCUCCAGCCCGAAAAGGUGAAAGAGCGGCCUCAUCAAGAUCAUACGCACACGACCGACGUCUCUUCUCCCUAUACAUCUGGUCUCGGAGGGGGCGCCGGCAACAAUCCAGCAUCCACUUCGACAUCAACCAUCAUCAUCAGCUGUAUCGUUGCCGGGUCGAUUUUGGCGUUGGGAGCGCUCUUCUGGGCUUUCAAGAUCUGGAGGCUCCGUCGAGCUAUAGACGAUGACGGCCACGGUGGUCAGAGAAAGGGCGAUGUUGCUCUACAGGAGAAGUUCAAGAACGGCUGGAAGAAGGCCACUCGGCGAAGGAGGAACUCGACCUGGUUCGAUUGCCCGACCAGCCUUCAUCGGUCUCAUCCGCUUGAUGGCGAGGCCUAUUCGGUCAUCGGGUCGAGCUCUUAUGCUAGUACCAAGUUCCUCAUCCAUGAUUCGGAAAAAGCUCAGAGCACGGUCGCUCCUACCCUGUAUCAAGGGUCUCCGGAGCGGAUCAGGCCGGAUUCGAAUCUCUCUUCGAUUCCGUCGUGUGAAAAGGGGUUCGGACCGCCCAUGGAAGUGGGCUACGUCUACAGAUCUCAUGCCCAGAACUCUCUCCAGCGAAUGACGUCCCCCACCUCGAUAUACUCUCAACCUUCCAUUCCCGCCGGGCUCUCGCAACCUAUCUCUCCUCUCGUUAAGCGACCUUAUACCGGCGAAACACGACUCUAUCCCGCUUAUCCCGGGAGCCUUACCCUGACGACACGACCCGUCACUUACGAUAACAGGGGUACCAAACCUCUCAAACAAGAUUCCAACCAUCACGACCCCAACUAUGACAUCAUCCACGAACGUCUAGAACGCCUCAUUCCCACCACUUCCCUUGUCUCGAUCAAAACGCUUGGUUCGAACACUUCUCCUCGAUUCUCAUCUGCUAGCGUCACCGAGAGUAUCAUACAAGACGCCAUCUACCAUCAGAAUUCACCUCAACCAAAGUCCAAGAGUCCACCUAGAUCGUCUUCCCAAGACGGCUCUCAGCUGUCCUCGUCUUUUGAGUACGAUUCGAACCCAUCAGCCAUGCGAACGCCUCGCCGCGAGCGUGACGAUGGCCAUGUCAAGACGGUUGUCCCCUCGCAAUCCGCAGUCAGCUUUACAGCUCCUUCGUCGCCCGAACGAGUCCUCCUCCCGGCUCCGGAACAUAUGCCAAGGUCGAAACGAAUGAACGAAAUGACUACGCCUCCUCGUAGGAAGCCGGUUAGGUCCAUUCUCAAGAGCGAGACUCGUGAUCGCAACAACAGCUCGUCUGAACAGACCAUGCCGACUCGUUCAUCCGAUGACCACGGAAGCAGGAUUCAGCGAAACAAAGCAAAUCGCAAGGACCUGCUGAUGGACUCGUUCGACCGUCAUGAUGCGGGGUCUCAUCAAGAUUCGGAUAGAGAGGUCGUCUUGCCAUGCGAACCCGAGAGGGUCCUAUGCGACAAGGCGUCCACCGCGUCGGGCCUUGGUCAGGGUCGACAGGCGCGCACUGCUCCCCCGGUUGUUUCACAAGGGCCCAUUCGCGACCAAAUCACCUCGGUCAGUCCUAUUCAAACCGAUCGCAGGAUGAAUUUUCAUCUGCCUACCGGGAGGGUGAUCUCGAGCGUCCGCAAUGUGGACGUAUCGGCGAAUUCGCCUUCAGGAGCUGGGGAAGGCAAGGAUCUCGAGUCACUCUUGACAGCUAUGGGCAUCGCUGGACCUGCUCCCUCGGGCAGAAUCUGAUUGUAAGAUCCUUUUACCGAGUGCCAAUCGUGUGCGUCGGUUUAUGCCUUGCGGAUGUAGCUUCCCGCAAAGAGUGACAACAUGGGAUAGAUUCCACUACUCGCCGACUCGUGCUAGUGAACAUGACUCUGCAUAUAAUCGAUGCAGACCGCACGACCUACUAUAGCGUUAACAGAUCUAAUUUGUAGAGAAACAUCAUAAUCAUAUACGCAAUCAGCCUGACUCCGUUGAGCAAGCC